AUGAGUUUCCUGUUUGCUUCAGAAGUCUGUAUGCAAAAUUUGCGAUAUAAACAAGAAGUAUUUGUGGGUGGAACGCCGGAUAUCGAGGAGAAUUCGAGCGUGCUCUCGCCGCCGAAGAAUUCCGAAGAUGCUGUCACAAUCAUAUUGCUGGAUACACCACAGAAUACUCCUGUUGGAACCCCUGGAUCUGAUGUUAUUAACUCAUCCGACGAUGCUGGUGAAAAUGGAUUGGAAAAUGCUGACAACAAUCACUCGGACAACAAUCACUCGGAAGUGAUACUUGAAGUCCAAAGAACGGCCCCUCAACCCAUUCAAAAGAAAGAGUUACAACAGAGGAGACGACGUAAGAAGAAACGCACAAGACCAUGUUGUGAUGAUUUUACAGAUUUGUACAUAAUGAAAGAUGAAGUUUUAGGUGAAGGUGCCUAUGCAACUGUUAAAACAUGUCUACAGAUUACCACUCAAAAAGAAUUUGCCACUAAGAUCAUUAUGAAAGAACCAAGCCACACCCGGGAAAGAGUGUUUCGUGAGGUAGAAACAUUCCAUCACUGUCGCCAUGAAAAUAUUAUUCAGCUUAUUCAUUUUUUUGAGGAACAAGACAGAUUUCUUUUAGUUUUUGAAAAAUGCCAUGGAGGACCUCUUCUGGCUCAUAUUCAAAAAAGGGUCCAUUUUACUGAGAAGGAAGCCAGUAUGGUUGUUAGAGAUGUUGCUAAUGCUCUGUUGUUUUUGCAUAGCAAAGGUAUUGCUCAUCGUGAUUUAAAGCCAGAAAAUAUUCUGUGUUACAGCCAAGAACAGGUGUGUCCAGUGAAAAUCUGUGAUUUUGACUUAUCAAGUGGCAUUAAGUUCAAACCUACUUCUUCUUCAUGUAGUACUCCAGAGCUUCUUAGUCCUGUUGGUUCUGCGGAAUUUAUGGCACCUGAAGUUGUUUUAGGUUUUACUGGUGAGGCAACGCCAUAUGAUAAACGCUGUGAUAUGUGGAGCCUUGGAGUUGUAAUGUAUAUAUUACUGUGUGGAUACCCACCUUUUUAUGGAUGCUGCGGGGCAGAUUGCGGAUGGGGACGAGGAAAUUCAUGCGAAGCAUGUCAGAGUAUGCUCUUCGACUGUAUUCAAAAAGGAGAAUAUGAGUUUCCUAAGACUGAAUGGGCUUUCAUUUCGGAUGAGGCUAAGGACUUAAUCAAUCAUUUAUUAGUGAAAGACGCAAGCCAACGAUAUUCAGCCGAAAUGGUUUUAAAGCACCCUUGGGUGUAUGGUGGGGGACCAGCAACAUUUUUACAAACUCCUAAAAUAAUUCGAAGAAAUAAUAGUGCUAGAGAGUUAGCAGCUUUUGCAGAUAAUGCCAAUGCUUUGAAACGAUUGUAUCUCCGUCAUCUUUCCCAUAGUAUGGGGUCUUCCCUUCCGAAUUCCGUUCAAGAAGAAAAUCCUUCAACUGGAGAUCCAUCAUUGAACAGCCUAUCAAUUCAAUUUCUGAGUCUCUCUCCAGUGACGGAUUCAAAACUUUAUCUAAGACGCCGUGAAAGUCACUCCCGAAAGAGCUUUGAACCAUUUCACUUUGCUUGGAAUCUAUCCUACAGCUGAUAUAUUGUCUCUGUUUUAAGUUCAGAAUGCUGUAUAGAAUUACAUAAUGGAGUACUUUUAUUUAAAAAAAAACUUAAAAGUAUGUGAUAUUAUUAUGCUAGCUUUUAUCAGCAAUGGAUUUGUCUGGUUGAUUUGUUUUUGCUGAUACUGUUUUUUUUUAUUUUAUUUUAUCUUUUUCAUUUUUGCAUUUUGUUCAACAUUAUCCAUUGCAUAGUUCCUCCUUGAAAUUGUUAGCUGAUAUUAAUAUCUUGAACAUGAAGUGUCCUUAAAUUUUUAAGCGCAGUAAUAAUAUAGUGACUUUUCGCUUUUUAAACAUACUAUAAUAAUUUAGUUUUCUUACGUUUUAUCUUGAGAAAAGUUGACUUAAAGAUUUUAAGCCUAUACAUAUUUCCAUCCAAGUUUUUUUAAGAGCAUCAUUAUUCGAGUAAUUCUUUCAUAAAAAUUUCACUUAAGAUCAUGUUCGUUCCAAACUUUUUAUACCAUGGAUUGCUGAUAUUUAAGAGCAAGUGUUAGAUUAUCAUUUUCUAUUUCUGCAUGUUGUUUUUAUUGUUUUGAUGCAGGUAAUCAUAAACAAAUGUGCAUCUGUAAUUAAAACUAUAAUUUCAAGUAAUUUGUUUUAAAUCCUUUUUUUCUCUCAAUAUAUUAGUUCAAAUAUGUUUAGGUAAUAUGUAACAAAUACAUAACGUAUAACAUAUGUAUAAAUUUAAGGAAAGGAAAAGAAAAAGAAAAUUUGUUUAUUUGGACAAAAAUUGACCAAAAUCAUAACUUUUUUUCAAUUGAUACAAUUAUGAGUAAAUUUGAAGAUGAUUGUUUCCGGUGUAUGCUUCAAUUCCUCUUGUUAUACAACAAGUGUUUAGUAUUUUUAUUGUGUUGAGUCAUCUGACUAAAGUUACUGACUUAUUCCGCUCAAGUGAACAGUUGCUAAUGGCACUGAUAUUUUGAUGUCCUGAAUGAUCGGGAACGGGUGCUUUUUUGUAUGUUUGAGAAAGAAAUAAAGAACCUAUGUUUCA